AUGGCUUCAAACUCGUUUCUCAAAAACUUCUCACUAGAGAACAAAACAGCCUUAGUUACAGGAGGCACAGGAGGAAUUGGCCUUGGAUUAUGUCAGGCUUUGGCAGAAUCCGGAGCGGAUAUCGUGUCAUUGCAACUGCCGACGGAACCCACAGAAAACAAAGAGCUCAUCGAGAAGGCUGGAAAGAAAUGUACGAUCAUACACUGUGACUUGUUGAAGGUCGAGGAUCUUGCAAGGAUUGUGGAGGAGGCCUGUGUUGGUCAUAAUCCUGACAUCUUGAUCAAUUGUGCCGGAAUCCAUAAGGCUGGACCGACAAUUGAGUUUCCUCUGGAAGUGACUGAACAAAUCAUACGACUCAAUACUACCGCAAGUAUUGCCACUGCGACCGCGUUCGCAAAAUACUGGAUUCAAAGCCCUGGUGGGUGUUCAGGGAUCAAGAAGAUCGUCAACUUUGCUAGCAUUUCGAGCUUUCAAGGAAAUUUUGAGAAUGUGGCUUAUGCCGCCAGCAAAGGUGCCGUGUUGAAUAUGACUCGAGCCAUGAGUAACGAAUGGGCUCCCCACGGCAUCAUUGUCAAUAGCGUCGCGCCUGGAUACACCAAGAGUCGGAUGACGGAGAAUAUCUACGACAAUCAGGAAUUCAAUGCGAAACUAUUCAAGGGCAUUCCGGCUAGGAGGUGGGGAGAAGCCAAAGACCUCGCUGCGGCAUGUGUUUACUUGUCCAGCCCUGCGAGCGAUUACGUUACUGGUCAUUGUCUGGUGGUGGAUGGUGGUAUUCUCGGCGGCCCACCCAUCGUACCUAGAAAUCAAACCUAG